AUGGAUGAAGCGGGGCGUCUGCCCGUCUUCAUCUUCCCCUCGGAGGCGGAGUUUGUUAUUGGCCCCAGCUCGUCCGGCGACCCGAAUCGAAACCGGAAAAUCUUCGGGCUGUACAACCCGUUCGAUUAUCCAAUCACUUAUAAAGUCCUCGCCACCGCCCCCGACAACUACGAGGUCGAAGAAAAUGCGGGGACGAUCAGGAGCAAGGCGAAAAAGGAUAUAAUCGUCCGCUGCCGACGACGACUGGAAGCUGGCACCGUAGAAAAAUUGCGCUUCGAGACCCGGAAACUAGGAGAGAAGGAGCUACUCGGCCAACGCGACAUUGCGUUGCGUACGGUGUGGGUGGCCAGCGGAGCUUCAAGCGAGUCUCCAAGCGAUCCGCGAACCUCGGAUCGAACGUCCCGAGAACAGCGGCCAAGGGAGCCGGUCGUACGCGUGGAACCACAGGCCCAAGAGCCGGGCGCCGAGCUGGAGAAGGCACUGGUGGCUAACAGUCGGGCUCGUCGGUUCGUGGAGGACGAAGCCUGUGAAUGGCGGGCUUUCGUCUGCUACACGUACGCCUGGAUGGCCAUGAAGGGAUUGCCGCACAAUCCACCAAUGGAUCUGGAGAAAGAGUGUAAACCAUGUACAUCUGACCUCUGCACCAAACCCCCAUCCUUCACUCCAACCACCAAAUACCGGUCCCUGAUCGCAUGUGAUCCCGCAAAUUUCUUUUGUACGGAUUUUCCCACCGAGGGUGUCGCCGUACAGCCAAUCUGCAUCAAGCCUCUCGCCUUUGAAGAUAAAGUGGCCGGCGCAGUGGAGAAGAAACACGUGCUGCUGGCGUUCAACAUCUGCACGAGGGAGAUGUUGGCCAAGGGAACGUGUCCCGUCGACCUGCUGUGCGCCUUACUGCCGUUCGCUAAAGUCGGAUUUCAGGAGUCGCGAGCCGUACAGACU